UGCUGCCCCUUUAAGAACAGUGAGCUCGUGUGAUGACACACGUAGAGCGUAGGUUCAGAGGGUAGAGAAAAAACCAAGUGAAACAUGUGCCAUGUUGUACUCGUGUUACUCGUGUUAAAAGGCUGUUUAAUUACAGAUGUGUUCAAGAUUAAUCAUAAACUAACUAUUCCCAGCGUGUUUGACCAUUAUAUGCAUGUUUAUUUCAACUAAUCUAACAACAACCUAACAACAACAAACCUCAAAGUAAACUGCAUUGUGUGUUCUGCACAAGGGAAAUAAAAAACACCAAACAACAACUAAAUUAAUGUGAUCUUUAUUGGUUACAUUAAAGUCAAACACGAGGAAUAAAGAAGACUAAAGUCAAAUUAAGAAGAUAAUAACAUUAAUUGACAACAUGGACGAAGACUCAAACCCAAGCAUUACUCCUGAUCAACAACAAAAGAGUCUCAAGCGUCAGCGUGGAGGUGCAAAGGCUGUAGUUACACGUUUGAUGACACAAAUUACAACUGCUAUGAACAAUAAUCAGACUAAAGAGGUGGAGAGUAAACUUGCUGCUUUGGAUGAGGCUGUAAGUCGGUUCCAGGAGGCGCAUAACACAUACAGUCAAACAUUAGACGAUGAUGACGACCUUGAUGCUUCUAAGGGCUAUUUAACAUCCGUCCUGCGUGAGGUUCAAGACUUGCAGCACACAGUUCUAAGUUGGCUUGAGGACUUUAAACUGUCAACGGAGGAUUCAAAUAUAGAACCUUCAGAUUUCCAAGAGGAAGUUUCAGCACUUGAUGAAGAUCAGCCUUUAACAUCCUCUGUGGAACAACUAACUGCCCAGCUUCAAGGGUUACAUGAUCUCAGGCAGAAAGAAAAGAAUGAGUUUGCUAUGCUUAUAACUCAACAGGAAGAACGCCUGCGUACAGAGUUUAAAUUACGACUUCAGCAUGCUGAAUCUGAAGUGGAUGGUCUGAAAGGCUUACUGAAACUUAAGGAUGCUGAGUCAGAGGAAAAUCGCCAAAAGGCUACGCUAACAACGAUAAACAAAGACUUUUCAACUCCUGUCUCAGAGAACCGAUCCCUUAACUUUAAUCCCUCAUUCUCAUCAGCGAACGAGAAUUCUUUAUGCCAAUUUCUAGAGCUGUCAAGACAACAAUAUCAGUCACAUAUUGACUCUAUGCAUCUACCACCUGUUGAUAUUAUUAAGUUUGAUGGAGAGCCUUUAAAGUAUUGGCAGUUUAUGAGACUAUUCUCCUCUGUGAUUGACAAAGAGACUGUGCCAGAUCAAGAAAAACUCACUCGACUGUAUCAGUACACUCUCGGCCAAGCUAGAGAUGCUAUCUCACAUUGUUUGUACAACCCCAGUUCCAGCAAGGGCUAUUCUGAAGCCAUGGAUAUUCUAAAGAGACGGUUUGGCAGUCCAUACGCAGUAUCGCAAGCAUGGGUAGAUAAAGUGCUCAACUACAAGGAGAUUAAAGACAACAAGCAGCUACAAAGCUUUGCAGACAUUCUGCGCAGCUGCCGUGAUACUCUAAAAGCAAUGAAGUGUGAGGAAGAGUUAAAUGGUGGACGUACACUGUUGCAAAUUGUGGAGAAACUGCCCAAUGACAUAAAGAGAGGAUGGCUCACAUUAAACUAUGAGAUCGUCAAGUCUGGACGUUUGCCAAAGUUAGAUGACAUAGUCAAUCUUAUCGAAUCAGAAGCUGCUAAAAGAGCAGAUCCUAUCUUCGGGAAUCUUCUUAGUCCUGCGAGUAAAAAUACUCCUGCUAGCUCUAAAGCAUAUACUAAGUCAAGCUUCGAUAAGAAAAGACAGACAUUCGCAACCGUCUCAGCUGCAAAUGAUAGUACUGCAUCGUCCACACUAAAGACCACAACAAGAUUUAAGUGCCCAAAAUGCACUCAAGGACACUUUCUAAACCAAUGUCAUGCCUUUAGGGCUCUGUCCGUACAAGAGCGUUUGUCCUUUGUACAACUGAAGCAAUUGUGCCUGAACUGUUUCAUGAAAGGCCAUCACAGCACAGUCUGUACUCGCAAUUGGGUAUGCAAGGUGCCUGGUUGUGGAAAAAGGCACAACAGUUGGCUACAUUCUGCCAUCAUAACAUCCAACAGCAACGACAAUAGCCAGCCUGUUAACCAAACUGCUAAAAACGAACCAGCUGCUGACCCACCACAAGCUAUUCAAACGCAUGCCACCGGAAAGUGCAUUGAAACCAGUCAACGAAAGAUUGCACUUCCAAUCCUGCCAGUAGUAGUUUCAGACAAACAUAACCGAUUCUCCAUGAAUGUCUUUGCUUUGCUGGAUAGUGGCUCAAAUGGGACCUUCGUUUCCAAAAGGCUUGUUCACGCUCUUAAGCUAGAGACACGCAAAAUAAACAUUAAGUUGAACACCAUAGAGACCAAAAAUCUCAAUGUAGUUACCUCAGCUGUAGAUUUGCAAGUUGAAGAUUCUCAGCAAAAGAACUCAUACCUGAUGAAAGGCGUGCUCUGUCGUGAUCAUCUGAACAUAAGCCUAGAUAAUCUAGUCACACAAAACGAGGUGUUCCAGUGGCCACAUCUACAAGAAAUUGCAGAUGAAAUAAGUCUACCUGAUGUUGACCUAGCUGAUGAGGUUCACCUGCUGAUUGGUCUCGACCAGCCUGACAUCCUUGCUCCUCGUGAGACACGCUGUGGUAGGGCAGGCGAACCCUACGCAAUUCUUACUGGCUUGGGAUGGACACUUCAUGGGCCAGUAGCUGAUGGUUCGACGACUAUCUCUGCCAAUUUCAUUCAAACUGAUAAUACUCUGCAACAUGCUGUUGAAAGAUUUUGGAAAUUGGAAGAUCCAGUCUAUGUAGACAAUGAAUCACUGUCUAAGGUUGACAAGCAGGUUGUGGAUCUAUGGAAUAGGAGAGCAGUUAAGGAGAAAGGUCACUUCACACUACCAAUUCCUUUCAAAGAAUGCCCGCCACAGCUACCAAAUAACUAUGCAAUGGCUAAACACCGGCUGGACCUUCUUGGAAAGCGACUAAAGAAAGAUCCAACUCUGCAGCAAAGGUAUGUAGAAAGUAUCUGUGACACACUGCAGAAAGGAUAUGCUGAGGAAGUGGUUGACAUUAAUAGAAAUGAUGGACAUGUAUGGUAUUUGCCACAUCAUCCAGUGUUACAUCCACGUAAGCCAGGAAAAGUACGAAUUGUCUUCGACUGUGCAGCACGGUACCAAGGUACUUCAUUAAACGAUCGCGUUCACCAAGGCCCAGACCUUACAAACAAGUUGCUGUCAGUACUUCUCAAAUUCAGACAAGAACCCAUCGCUCUAAAUGCAGAUAUUGAGAGCAUGUUUUAUCAGGUUAGGGUGCCGCCUCAAGAUAGAGAUGUGCUUCGCUUCCUGUGGUGGGAAGAAAACGAUCCUGACAAGCCACCUAAACACUAUCGCAUGACUGCUCACCUGUUUGGAGGAGUCUGGAGCCCUAGUGCCGCCAACUUUGCUCUGCAACGAGUAGCAGAAGACAAUCAUGAAAAAUUCACCGCUGACACUGUGGAAACAGUGAAACAAAAUUUCUACGUAGACGACUGCCUUAAGUCAGUGCCAACGGAGGAUGCCGCCAUCAAACUUGCUUCACAGCUCCGUGAGAUGCUUGCAUGUGGAGGUUUCAAGUUAACCAAGUGGCUAAGCAAUUCUAAAGAGGUGAUGAAAUCAAUACCAGCUGAAGAAUGGGCGAAGUCGUUACAUGAGGUAAAUCUUGACCAAGAGGAUCUACCAUUUGAAAGAACACUCGGCGUGCUUUGGGAUGUGGAAAAGGAUUGUUUCACAUUUGAUGUCAAGGCAGUAGACAAACCUGCUACAAAGAGAGGAAUAUUAAGCACUACAAGUUCCAUCUACGAUCCGUUAGGAUUUGUAAGUCCAUUCAUUCUCAAAGCAAAAGCAAUCUUUCAAGAGUUGUGUCGCAUAAAAGUUGACUGGGAUGAAAAGAUUCCAGUAGAAAUAGCUGAACAGUGGCACAGAUGGCUAAAUGACCUGCCUAUGUUGUCUGCACUAACAAUUCCAAGAUGUCUUAAGCCAACAACUGCUAGUUGCUCAUCAGUGACCCAGCUCCAUCACUUUUCCGAUGCGUCAGAACUGGCGUACGGUGCCGUUUCAUACAUCAGGAUUGACAACACCUGCAAGCUUGUAAUGUCAAAGUCAAGGUUGGCACCUAUCAAACCAGUUAGCAUACCAAGAUUAGAGUUACUAGCAGCAGUUGUUGCGACAGAGCUGGACCAACACAUAAAGAGUCACUUGGAAAUUCCAAUCGCUAAGACAUUCUUCUGGACUGACAGUACUAUUGUACUACAGUACAUUAACAACAAAGACAGUCGUUUCCAGACUUUCAUCGCCAACCGUAUUGCAAAAAUACAUGAGCGCUCAAAUCCAUGCCAGUGGAGACACAUUGAUUCUGCUUCUAACCCGGCGGAUGAUGUGUCACGCGGAAUGACCAUGCAAGAGAUGUUAUCAAGUGUAAGAUGGAUAUCUGGUCCGCAUUUUCUUCAACUGGAAGAGGAACAUUGGCCUGUUCAACCUGUCAUGAAUGAUCUACCUGAGGAAGCAGAGAUUAAGAAAACAAAGGAAGUCUAUGCAGUUAGCACAAACCCAAAUCAGGCAGAGAAAGGUGCAAUGGACAGAUUACUGGAACGGUAUUCCAGUUGGCAUCGACUGAAAAGGGCUGCUGCUAUCUUGUUACGCGUCAAGGCUUUGUUACGCAAGAAACCAAGUCUGCAUCUUUCCAAACCUAUCACUGUUGGUGAGCUCCACCAAGCAGAGUUAUCUAUUCUCAAUUAUGUACAGGCUUCAUCUUUUGGAUUAACUCGAGCAAAACCCAACUGCCUUCUUAAGUUAAAACCCUUUCAGGAUGAGAAUGACCAGCUUCUUCGUGUGGGAGGCAGGCUAACAAAUGCUCCAAUUCCUUUUGAGGCUAAACACCCAAUAAUCCUACCUAACAACCAUCACGUCACCCAUCUAAUAAUCAGUCACUUUCAUCUUCGUUUAGGCCAUGCUGGAUCGGAACGAGUACUCUCAGAAAUUCGUCAACGUUUCUGGAUUCUUAAGGGACGUGCCAUGAUUAACCAAGCUCUAAAGUCAUGUCUACAAUGUCGCAAGCUAAAGGCUAAGCCACAAAACCAACAAAUGGCUGAUUUACCUGAUUCAAGAGUAAUGCCAUGCGAGCCUCCAUUCACUCGUGUGGGCAUAGACUACUUCGGGCCAUUCUUGGUCAAGAAAGCUCGCAGUGAGAUUAAAAGGUAUGGAUGUUUGUUUACAUGUCUCACUACGAGGGCCAUUCAUUUGGAGAUUGCACACACUCUCAACACUGACUCAUUCAUUAACGCCUUACAACGGUUCAUUGCAAGAAGAGGACCACCCUCUGAGAUAAGAUCAGACAAUGGAACAAAUUUUGUGGGUGGACUUCGAGAGUUGCAAAAAGCUAUCAGUGAGUGGAACCAGAGAAAGAUUUCUGAUUAUCUGUUGCAAAACAAUGUAAAAUGGAUCUUCAACCCACCUGCCGCCUCUCACAUGGGAGGUGUUUGGGAGCAACAGAUUCGCACCAUCCGCUCCAUAUUAAACACCGUCCUGUCACAGCAGGCGCCAGACGACGAGGGUUUGACAACGCUGUUUUGUUGUGUAGAGUCUAUUGUUAAUGGUAGACCUAUCACUAAGCUUUCAGAUGACCCAUCAGAUCCUCUACCACUGACACCAAAUCAUUUGUUGUUAUUGCGUUCUGGUUCAACUUUACCACCAGGAGCCUUUGUAAAACAAGAUCUUUACCGACGCAGAUGGCGUCAGGUACAAUAUUUAGCAGACAUCUUCUGGUCCAGAUGGCUCAAAGAAUACUUGCCUGCGCUGCAGCAACGCCAAAAAUGGUUCCAACCAAAAAGAAAUCUGCAAAAAGGAGAUCUUGUGCUUGUGCUAUAUGAAAACACACCGCGCAAUCAUUGGCCACUGGGUCUCAUUACUCAAGUCUAUCCGGGUGCGGAUGGUCUUGUGCGUACUGUGGAAGUAAAAACACAAGCAGGAAUCUAUAACCGUCCUGUGGACAAAAUUUGCCUUCUGGAAGCCAGUCUUGUUAGUUAAAUCAGUUUAAUUUGAGUUUUUCUAAGAGACAUCACCCUUUGUUGUUUGAAUGACCUGUUUGGGUCAUUGGGGCCGGGAUGUUGGGUGCUGCCCCUUUAAGAACAGUGAGCUCGUGUGAUGACACACGUAGAGCGUAGGUUCAGAGGGUAGAGAAAAAACCAAGUGAAACAUGUGCCAUGUUGUACUCGUGUUACUCGUGUUAAAAGGCUGUUUAAUUACAGAUGUGUUCAAGAUUAAUCAUAAACUAACUAUUCCCAGCGUGGUAAGAAUCACAUUUGUUUUGUUAUGUGUUUUGAAGUGUGUUUAUCAACGAUUUAUAUCGCUAUUUGCGAUUAGCGCCUUAGCGUCUAAACGCCUAAAGUUACGGUGCAUAUGAAUGCUUAAAAGUUUUAAAUACAUCAUUUAAAUACUCCUGUAUGUAUGUUUGCUUAAUCAUUAAGUUUGAUUAGGUGUCUUUAAUGCAGAGACUACUUCUAAAGUAAAUGAUUCAUGUUGUUUACAUUUAAUAUGAUCAAUACGAUGAUAUUCCACGUUUAAAGAUGCUAUACUGUGUCAGAAUGUUAUGUUGACCUACAUAGAGAAUUGAGUAGUUAAGCUGCAAAUGUAUUGCAACAAAAUGCAAUGUUUAAUUGUAUGAGUGUUUAAGUGAAGUGUAUUGAUUUAAGUGAUUCAAUUUAUCUUUUCUCUCUAAACUAUCUUUUAUUUAGUCUUUAUUGAGUUUGUAAUUCACAUGCUAUUUACAAUUGU